AUGUCGUCUUCCUCACAUAAAAAGAGAAGGUUGAGAAAAUCUUCCAAGGUAGAUAGGAUUAGCGACCUACCGGAUUCAAUUCUGUGUCACAUACUCUAUUUUCUUCCAACCAAACUUGCUGCAACCACAAGUGUCCUCUCAAAGAGAUGGAAACGAUUGUGGCUAUCAGUUCUCUCCCUCGACUUUGACCCUAGCGGCUUCAAAACUUCUGAUCUCUUUCUCCAUGUAGUUUACUCAACCAUGUACCGUCGAGAAAUUACACUACCAAUCCAUUCGUUUCGCUUCAAGUCUCGUAGUUGUCGCAUCCAAAAGGAUGUCAAUCAAUUUGUGUACCAUGUACUGCAACGUGGAAUACAAAACUUGUACCUCAAUCUAUCUAAGAGUUGUCGCUAUUUAAUUAAAUUACCUGCUACUAUUUUUAGUUGUAGAACACUAAAGGUUCUUAGGUUGAGAAACUUAACGGUGGGAGAUAUUUCUCAAGUGGAUUUAUAUUUACCUAGUCUUCAAACUCUCCAUUUGCAUAAGGUUGAUUUUGGAUCUCAUGAACAACUGAUGAAGCUUUUAUUAAGCUGUCCUAUUCUAGAGGAUUUGGAAACAACUAAAAGUUGCUUUAUGUUCGGUCUGAGUAACCGUUUUUUGGUGGACUUUAUAACCUUACCUAAUAUAAUCAAGGCAAGGAUUAGUGAAUUCUUUGUUCCACUUAGUAUGGUUUGUAAAGCAGAGAACUUACGUAUAGAAAAAGUGUGGAUGUUCACAUAUUGCAUGCAACUUCCCAUGUUUGAGAGUCUGAUUCACUUGGAGCUUAGCUUAAAUUUUAAAAUUUGGUAUCCGAGGUGGGAGUGGUUGCUCGGAAUGCUCAAACAUUCUCCCAAACUACAGAAUCUUACCAUCCAGGAUAAUAAGGCUAUAGAAGAGGCAAUUGAUGAAUGUUGGAAGGAUCCACCAAUAGUUCCGGAAUGUCUUUCAUCGCAGCUCAAAACAUGUCACAUUAGAGUUUACAAAGGCACAAAAUAUGAUCUCGAAUUUACAAAAUAUAUUAUGGAGAAUUCAAAAGUACUAGAAACUAUGACAAUUAAUAGUACACGUUCCCUAGAUAUGAAUGUGAAGUACCAAUUGUUAAUGAAACUAUCUUCAUAUACAAGAGGCUCUACGACAUGUAAACUUUUAUUUGAUUGAUCACGGCUUGGCCAUAUCAGUUCUACCUUUUACGGCAUAGAGAUUUUUCAAAUAGA